AAAAAAUUUUUGGUUUUGUUUUGUUUUCUCAGUUAAUUUGAUUGAUAAUCUUUUUCUUUUUUUUUAUAAAUAUAUAAAUUGUAUUUCUUUUUCCUGUGUAAUUGUUAAAUAGUGUUGAUAAUCAAGUUUACCUGGUUAUUAGAAAUUAAAUUAUUCUUCUUAUUAUUAUUGUAUUGAUAUUAUUUUGGACAAGAUGACCAACUCAAUGAACACUGGACAAGAUUGGAGGUUUUUCUCAUUAAAAUAUGUUGGUUGUUUGGAGAUUAAUACACCCAUGAAAAGUUUAGAUUUUGAUACUCGAAGUAAAGUGGCUAAAGAAUGUAUUAACCGAGUCUGUGAAGCAAGUGGCCUUAAAACGGUUGACAAGAAACGUCGUCCAGAUAAAAGGAUUUGUAAAAUGUUAGCUGAUCGUCCGAAUAUGGAUAAUGCUGGUUCAAAUGUUAAUCUAGAGAUUACCAGUGGUUAUUUAAAAUUAUCUGUGAUGGAAACGGGAGAGAUUAUUGCUAAACAUGAUAUGCCAAACAUUUCAUUUGCCUCGGGCGGUGAUUCGGAUACACUUGACUUUGUUGCUUAUGUUGCUAAAGAUGAUAAAUUUGUCCGUGCUUGUUUUGUCCUUGAAUGUGGCGGUGGUAAAGCUCAAGAUGUUAUAUCAAUUAUUGGACAAGCGUUUGAGUUAAGGUUUAAAGAGUUUCUCAAAAAGCAACCACAUAAAAGUAUCCAGGAAAGAUAUGAAAAUCGACGAACACAAUUUAAUGGUUUAGCCUAUCAAACUAAUCAUGGUCCAGUUGAUGGAGCGAUUGGAGGUGGUGGUGGUUGUGGGGGUGAUGAUCGAGAUUAUUAUAAUGAUAUGCCCGGGAAAGUUCCGCCUGAUUUACCUGAGAGGAAAACUGAUCGACGAAAUGAUGAUAAAUUUAUAAGGAACAAUAAUCAUUCAUCUUCAGGCCGAUGUUCUAUUGGAAAAUUUAAUUCUCAACUAUUAUUACCUUCAACUUCCGACUUGACACCUAAUCUAAUUGAUUUAACUUCUGAUCUUCAAGUGAUGCCAAAUGAAAGUCCAAUAACUGUACCUCUUACAGCGGAAUCAAUUAUCAUGCCAAAUAAUAACAAUGUCAACACUUUAACGACAACAACAACAUCAACAACAAUAACAACAAAUUCAACACCAUUGUCAUCAUCAUCAUCAAUAUCUAAACUGAGAACGAUCUCAAAUAAUUCUGCUUCCUGUUCACGGACUUCAUCAUUUAACUGUAAAACCGAACCUGAAUAUGUUAAUUGCAAUCCAGAUGAACUAUUUAAAUUAUCAGCCACCGAAUCAUCCUCAUCAUCACAACCAUCAGCCAUUAAAGAUCCAUUUGACAUGCAACCUUUUUGUGGAGCAUUGGAAAACUUAUCGAAUGACAUGGAACCAAGUUCGUUAUUAUCAUCAAUUUCACCCAUCAAUGAAUCAUUUAAAUGUGGCUUGGAUGAUGCAGAUCAUAAAACUCAAACAACAACAGUAAAUACUAAUGAAGAUUUAGCGAAAGCUGAAUGGUUCCAUGGUGCCAUUGGUCGACGAGAAAGUGAAAUGCUUGUUGUUAAUGAUGGAGAUUUUCUUGUUCGUGAAUCACUUCAUUCGCCCGGCAAAUAUGUUCUAACUGGUAUGCAAGGUGGAUUAAGAAAACAUUUUACUUUAGUUGAUCCUGAAGGAGUGGUAAGUGUUACACAAGGGAACAGUAAUUUCUAUAUAUUGUAUAUGUAUAUUGUAAAUUGUUCUUACAGUUGCUUCUAUUCUAGGAAAUUAAUUGAUUUUUCUUUUACUUUCUGCUUCUCUUUCUUUUUUUGUCUUUACAGGUUCGAACCAAAGCAUGUACUUUCGAUAGUGUCACUCAUUUAAUCAAUUAUUACCGAGACAAUCAACUUCCUCUGAUGACUGCUGACAGUGAAUUAGUACUUAUUAAUCCGAUCAUCAGACGUUCUUUAAAUUUUUUCUAAUAAAAAUCUGGGCUUCUUAAAGCUAA